GCGGGUGUCGGCGGUGUGUUCGCCCGAUAUUGUCUCGCUCCGCGCAGAGCUGUGCGCCACACGUACGAAUCACGAUCGGGGCACCCCUGCAGUGGUACAGUGUUGGCUCGUGUCCGCCGACGGAGUGUCAGUGCGACGGCGGUCGGUGGUGUGCUGACACACGGGUGCAUUAUCCGCGGCUGUGUGUGCGUGUGCAUAUGUGCGUGACGUGUGCGUAAAAGCGAGAGAGGCCGAGCGACGGGUCGGCGGUGAACGUGCAAGAGAGAGGGACGGGCGCGACGGCGAUGCGGCCGUGAAUCCUCGAUACGUGGCUGCGUUCACGCCGCGUGUACUCCACACGACACGGAUACAACGACAACAACGACAACGACGACGAGGACGACGAAGACGUCGACGACGGCGGCGACGACGAUAACGACGACGUCGAUCACGACGACAACGACAACGACGUUGUUGGUUAGGAAACUACGACCGAAGCGGCAGAAAAAGGCGCGUACUUAUAAAAGGCGCUCCGAAUUAUCACGCAUUCACGUAACCGCGACGCGUCACCUGACGCGUGCAGGUUCCUAGCUCGGUCGUCUCCUUCGACCUCCUCCUCUUCCUCGUCGUCACUAUGGCGGACGACGAGGUUCUCUUCGACGAUGUUUACGAGCUCUGCGAGAUUAUCGGCAAAGGACCAUUCAGCGUCGUUCGGAAAUGCAUUCACCGUCACACCGGGCAAAUUUUUGCCGUAAAAAUCGUCGAUGUGGCGAAAUUCACCUCUAGUCCUGGGCUCAGUACUGCGGAUUUGAAACGGGAAGCUACAAUAUGCCAUAUGUUGAAACAUCCACAUAUUGUAGAACUGCUGGAAACUUACAGUUCCGAGGGCAUGUUAUACAUGGUAUUUGAAUAUAUGGACGGCUCUGAUUUAUGCUUCGAGGUCGUAAGACGAGCAACUUCUGGAUUCGUAUACAGUGAAGCAGUUGCAAGUCACUACAUGCGACAGAUCCUCGAAGCAUUGCGUUACUGCCAUGAGAAUGACAUUAUUCAUCGUGACCUGAAGCCGCAGUGCGCCCUCCUGGCUGGCAAGGAAAAUUCCGCCCCGGUGAAGCUGCGCGGUUUCGGCGUUGCCGUGCAACUCCCGACCUCGCAAUCUAAUGGCGUUGUGGUGUCGGCGCUAGGCCAGAGGCGAAAAUAG